AUGAGCGGUGAGAUUGAUGCCGUCUACAUAUUUGACGAGCAAAACGCCCCUCUCGUCGAACAUGUCUACCGAGCCCGCCCGCCUUCGGCCGCGGCCAUCUUGCCCCUCUACCUCGCCCAUGCUGCCCCGCGCCCUUCAUUGCUAUACUUUCCCAGUACCAGUCCACCGGUGACUGUGUUCUCGAUAACCCAGUCGAACUUGCUGUUUCUUGCGGUGAGCGAGGUGGAUACGGAGCCGCUUCUGGUGCUUGAAUUCCUGCAUCGCGUGGUGGAUGUACUUGAGGAUUUUGUUGGCGCUCCUCUUCUCUCAACCAAAAUCCAGGCGAGUUAUGACGUGGUGGCUCAAUUGCUGCAUGAGAUGUGUGAUGGGGGAGUGGUAUGUAAUACCGAACCCAACUCGUUGCAGGAGGUUGUCGAUGUUCCGGGAUGGAUGGGGAAACUUCUAGGUGGAAUAAGCGUACCUGGUUCUUCUACUCCCACUACGAGCAAUCCUCUGAAGCAGUCACUGGCUGCGGCUAGUGCAGCUCAAGGCCCCGCAAUUCCCUGGCGUCGACCCGGAGUACGGCACACAUCCAAUGAACUAUAUGUUGAUAUUAUUGAAUCUCUCUCUGUGACUAUGGCGCCUUCUGGAAGGCUACUUUCUGCAUUAGUAUCUGGGACUAUCGCAUUCACUGCUAAAAUAUCGGGAGUUCCCGAUCUCUUAUUGUCAUUAUCAGCUCCUGGCGGCCAACAGUCACUCGCCCGCAAGAUUGAUUUGCCCGUCUUCCAUCCAUGUGUUCGCCUGGCUCGCUGGCGCGAGAAGCCGGGAGAGCUCAGUUUUGUGCCUCCCGACGGUCGGUUCAUCCUGGCUGGGUAUGAAGUUGAUCUUCUUCCAAUAGACCCAGAUCUUGAUCACCCACCCAGCCAUAUGGAGAAACUGUUCCUUCCUGCAAUUGUGGAUAUUCGCAAAUCGCUUGGUCCUUCUGGGGCAGAGUUCGAGGUUCGACUCACCCUAAAUACCACUUUCCCUGGUCAACCCUCUCGUCCGGUCCCAUCUCGAGCUGGAUCAGGGACUUCCACACCAUCCUUCCUUGGUGGCGGCAGUAACUCCAGUGGGCCGGUAUUAGAGGAGGUGGUUGUCAGUAUCCCGAUAUCUAAAUCUGUGCGUCACAUCACGGACAUGCAGGCCAGUCGUGGUGAUGCCCAAUACUCUCCUAAUACUGGACUGCUUGAAUGGCGAGUCCCCACUGGCCGCGACGCUGGGACUAUUUCUGGUACCGCAACUCUCCGCUGCACUGUUGCAGGCUAUCCGUCGGCGGAUGAGGACUUUGAUAGUCUGGAAGAAGUCGAUGAAGACGCCAACGCAAACCUUCUACAGGGUUACUACGAGGACCCUGCCUCGUACGAUAACCCUUCUACCAAUACCACCCGGAAAACACGGUCAGGCGACCCCGCAAAGAAGAAGAAAAGGAAGAAGAAGGAGAAGUCGAGCAAGAAGUCAUCCCGUUCAGCUGCUGUUCUCACCGAGGACCCAGGUGACACCGAAGCCGUCUCAGAAGAACCAGUCAAAGUCUCCGCUUCGCCUUCUCCCAACCCCUCCACCCAUGCCCAAACGCCUCCUCCGCAAGCUCAACCCCAGUCUCAAAACAAUUCACAACUCCCGGCAUUCUUUGCCCCUUCAUCUGCUUCCCGUUCUGCGCCCCGCAGAACCAAAGCCCAACUUAAUGCGAACCUCAUGCCGAACUCGGCAUCUGUCUCCUUCUCAGUGCGCGGCUGGCUCCCCUCUGGCAUCAAAGUGGAAAGUCUGAAUAUCGAUCAGCGCCGCAGCCGUGGUGUUGGUGAGAGUGUCAAGCCGUAUAAGGGUGUCAAGUACCUGUGUGUGAGUCGGCGCGGCGUGGAGCGUCGUUGUUAA